AUGCCACCUUUAUCCUUAUGGGACCCAAGAAAUGCGGUUUUAUCGUGGACUAAUGAAACAUGUCUCCGAGUGAAAGAUACUCCUAAAGCACGCGAACAAAGUUGGUUCAAAGGAGUGUUCGCAGAAGCAUCUCAAACUCAAGGUCUAAAAAGGGUUUUACAAGAUAUUGAAAAUAAUAAAGCGGAAAAGCAUUCCAAAAACAGACAAUUCAAAAAAAUAAUUUUCAUCCAUAAAUGUUUAAAAAUAUUAUUAUUAUUAUGUUUAAUAACCAAUUGUUUACUCAAUAAUUCAUAA